AUGAGGAUCCUUUACUACCCGCCCGUUCCCUCACAUCGUCCUGAGGGCACCAUGCGAUGCGGCGCCCACACAGACUACGGCACCAUCACCCUCCUCCUGCAGGACAGCCUCGGCGGCCUCGAGAUCGAGAAAGCGUUCAGCAGCACUGGCAAGUUCUUUGAACUGCCCCUGGCAGUGAAGGAAAAGUACGACCGACUGGACGGUCAAGGUUACCUUGCCGUAGACCGGCAAAAGUUGGGUGGCGACUCCAAGAAACACGAGUUGCGCGAGAGUUUCGAUGUAGAAUUUUGCUUUAAUCGCUACCCUGACGAAGAGAUCCCUGACUUCGGCGCCUCCGUCGUGCACGUCAUGACGGCGCUGGACGAACUCAGCGACAAACUCAUCCUGGCUCUCCAGUCUGCCCUUGGCGUGGAAAACAACUUCCUGGUUAAAGCGCACUCGAGAAAGAGGGAGCCUACCGGCAACCAUACCCUCAUGAGGAUCCUUUACUACCCGCCCGUGCCCUCACAUCGUCCUGAGGGCACCAUGCGAUGCGGCGCCCACACAGACUACGGCACCAUCACCCUCCUCCUGCAGGACAGCCUCGGCGGCCUCGAGGUAAAAACCCGGAGUGGGGCUUGGGUGCCAGUGCCCCCACUCGAGGGCGCCGUGCUGGUGAACGUAGCCGACCUACUCCAACGGUGGACCAACAAUCAACUCAUCGCCACGGAGCACCGCGUGAUGGUGCCGGCGACUGAGCACCUGCAGAAGCUGCCGCGUCGCUCCAUCGCCUACUUCGUCCACCCCGACGAUGACGUCAUGGUCGAGCCUCUGGACGGCAAAGGAAGCCUGCCACCCGUCAAUGCGGAAGACUGGCUGAAUAAAAGAUACAAGGAAACAUACCAGUACUGAAAAUUCGAUCCGACAAGGAUGGAAGCGAAUAACUAACUAUCUCGAAUAAAUGAAGAAUCAAUUGAGAAGUUUUCUAUGAAAAUGAAGGAAAAACAAAUUAGACGACAUUUCUUUACACUUGACGAAUGCGAGUCAACAAUGCGAAAAACAAUAGAAAUAGUAUUGUUUAUCCUAGGACAUUAUCGAAUGAUAUUUUAUAUUGGAACAAGAUUGUCAUUUUUAACAAAGUAAAAUUGCAAUAACUUUCUUGAAAUGCGGUUACAGGGUUUUUGUUGCUAGUACGAUGAAUAUUUAGAGAAAACUUUUGAAUGCCAUUCACGAUGUCGUGUCAAGAUGACGUGAGCCACGACAUUUUGCGCAAUAUUGCCAUGUUUAUCUGCUGACGUAUAUAUUCCACUUUACUCCGUAAUCGAAAUUUUCAUAGCAUUUUUAUCUUCAAUUAUUGCAAAUUAGAAAUAUUCCUUGCAUUUAGUGCAUGGAUGUUAUUUUUAUAUGUAACUCAUGUCCA